AAAAACCUCUUCCCCGAAAACCGACAAACUCGGCGGCGGCAUUUCCAAGUCCAGCUCCAACUUCCUCGCUUUCCCUCCUCUUCUUCUUCUUCUUCUUCUCCUUCUUCGACACGCUCGAGCACCUUCCAUCCCGCAUUGCGUCGUACCCGCUGAUCGUCUUCUCCGCGGGAACUGUUCCUCGCCAGCGACGAGAUGGCGGAUGUGGUGGCCACCGGAUCGAUCCAGAGCUCGCUGCUCCGUCGCGGCGGCGGCGGAUCCCCGGAGGACCUGGCGGAGAGGCUGAAGAGGCCUUCUUCCGGCUUCGGCUGCUCCAAAGCGCUGCCCCGCGGCGGCGACGGGAGGAGCCCCCCGCGGGCGGUCCCCAGGGGCGCGAGGAUCGCCGCGAGGAGGACCGCGCACGCCGAGCCCAAGGUCGUGCCCGUGUCGCCCGAGGAUGUUCUCCAGGGAGUUCAGCAUCUUAGUGAUGCGUCAGUGGGCAUGUGGUCCACACCUCUGGUUAGGCGGAAGACUAAGAUCGUUUGCACCAUAGGUCCUUCCACCAACACAAGGGAAAUGAUAUGGAAGCUGGCUGAAGCUGGUAUGAAUGUUGCUAGGAUGAACAUGUCUCAUGGAGACCAUGCUUCUCAUCAGAAAGUCAUUGAUCUGGUCAAGGAAUACAAUGCUCAGUCCAAAGAUAAUGUCAUCGCCAUAAUGCUUGACACUAAGGGCCCUGAGGUUAGGAGUGGGGACCUGCCACAACCAAUCAUGUUAACUCCUGGACAAGAAUUCACCUUCACAAUUCGUAGAGGGGUUGGAACGGCGGACUGUGUCAGUGUUAAUUAUGAUGAUUUUGUUAGUGAUGUAGAAGUGGGUGACAUGCUUCUUGUUGAUGGUGGUAUGAUGUCAUUAACGGUGAAGUCGAAGACGGAAGAUUCCGUAAAAUGUGAAGUUGUUGAUGGAGGAGAGCUGAAGUCCAGGAGACAUCUAAACGUCCGAGGAAAAAGCGCUACAUUGCCUUCCAUCACCGAGAAGGACUGGGAUGAUAUCAAGUUUGGUGUGGAGAAUAAAGUUGACUUUUAUGCCGUCUCCUUUGUUAAAGAUGCACAAGUUGUUCACGAGUUGAAAAACUACCUGAAAAGCUGUGAUGCCGAUAUUCAUGUUAUUGUGAAAAUUGAAAGUGCUGACUCCAUACCGAAUUUGCAUUCAAUUAUCACAGCAUCUGAUGGGGCCAUGGUCGCAAGAGGAGAUCUUGGAGCAGAGCUCCCCAUUGAAGAAGUUCCACUUUUGCAAGAAGAAAUAAUCCAGAUGUGCCGUAGCAUGGGUAAGGCUGUUAUUGUGGCCACCAACAUGCUGGAAAGCAUGAUUGUUCAUCCAACGCCAACUAGGGCUGAAGUGUCAGACAUUGCUAUUGCUGUUCGAGAGGGUGCUGAUGCAGUCAUGCUUUCUGGCGAGACUGCUCAUGGAAAGUUCCCAUUGAAAGCUGUGAAAGUCAUGCACACAGUCUCAUUAAGGACUGAAGCAACCAUAGCUGCUGGUGAAAUGCCAUCUAACCUUGGCCAAGCCUUUAAGAACCAUAUGAGUGAGAUGUUUGCCUAUCAUGCUACCAUGAUGUCAAACACUCUUGGAAUCUCUACUGUUGUCUUCACCAGAACUGGUUUCAUGGCCAUUUUGCUAAGCCAUUAUCGCCCUUCUGGAACUAUCUUUGCCUUCACAAAUGAGAAGAGAAUACAGCAGAGACUGGCUUUAUAUCAAGGAGUGUGCCCAAUCUACAUGGAGUUUUCUGAUGAUGCUGAACAAUCCUUUGCUAAUGCAUUGGCGGUGCUGCAGAAGCAAGGAAUGGUCAAAGAAGGAGAAGAGGUCGCACUCGUACAGAGUGGUAGACAGCCUAUUUGGCGUUUCCAGUCCACACAUAACAUUCAGGUCCGCAAAGUUUAGCUGUGAGAAGGAAACUCAAGAAGCCAAACUUCCACAGCAGGCGAUGCUUAAAACAGGUUGUGAAAAGUUGAGACCCGUGCCAAUCCGGCCUUUUUGGAUCGCCCUGAUUUUCUAAGUUUUGUUUUGUUUGAAUUAAAUGUUCCCAGUUUAUUCGAAUUAAUCUAUGCAAAAGUUUUAUACUUUUAGUCCCUGUCGAGGAUUAGGCACUCCAGGGAAUUGCAUCCUGAGUCUCUAUCUUGGUUGAGGAUGUACCUGGAAAUUGUAGCGUAGUGAUGCUCACAUUCUCUAUCUUUUCCUUUGGUUAUCUUCUUGCAUUCCCUAUCUAAGGCCACAAUAGCUCAUAGAAGCUCAUGCGAGAUUAUAUUAUUA